AUGAAUCCUCCCCAGAGCCUGGAUCGAAUCCUUCAGCCUCCAGGGUCAUGGUGGGGGGGCUGGAGCCUCUCCCAGCAGUUACCAGACAAGAGGCAGGGUCCACCUUGGACAGGUCACCAGUCCAUUGCAGGGCCAACACACAGAGACUACAACCAUCCACGCUCACUCAGAAGCCAGAGUAGCUGGAGAGAAGCCUCACAAGCACGGGCACAACAUGCACACUCCACACAGAAAGGCUCCAGCCGAGCUUCGAACCAGGAACCUUCUUGCUGGGAGGCCGCAGUGCUAACCCCCACACCUCCAUGCAGCCCAUCUUCCAACUCCACCUUCAACCUCCACCUGCUGCUUUUACCAUCCACCUCCAGAAACAUCCAGCCUCACCUCCUCCUGCAGUCUCCUCCUCCAUCUCCAGCUGAGGGAGGUGUUGAUGACAGAAAGCUUCAUGCCGACUUCAGGAAGUUCAUCAGUGAUCGGGCAGAUGAUGGUCAAGUCCAUGCAGAGUCAACUGAAGAGCACUUCCUCAGAGCCCAUCAUGAAGAAGGUGCUGAGUCAGAUGUGUUUUUAAAAAGACCCAGCUGGACUUCACAGACAUCCAGAUCAGGCAGCACAUCAAGAAGAGCCAUUCCUCCACAACUGUGCAUCCCAUUAUUCCUGCUUCUAUUCCUCCAUCUCCACAAUCAGGACCGACACCCCCAUCCUUCCUCUGACUGGGAGCGCUCCUUCACACGGACUUCUUCACUGGACUUGAAGCUCAAACUGCUCUGAUAAAAUGAAACUUUCUGAAUUUGAAUUGUUAAAAAAUUUCUGCUCAUUCCACAAGUGUUAUCCUGAAAGAGAAACCUUAAGAACUGAGAUGUUCAUCAUUUUGUGGGAUUUUAAUGCAUUUAAAUCUGUCUGAUUAAAUGUUUCUGCUGUGGCUGUAAAAUCUGAAA